AUGCCUUCAAAGGGUCGUUCUGUGAAUUGUCUGACUGGCCCCCCUAAAAAAAAGAGAGCCUGUAUUGUUCUACCUGGUUCAGAGGCAGCUCAACUUGUAGCCAAGAACGAGGCAAAUGAGACCGAAUGGGUUAAAAAACGUACCCAACAACUGAAAGAUGCUCUAGCUAACCUUCCAACUCCGUCCACAUCUGUAACAAUGCAAAAUGUUAGUCUAAUUGAUAUAUCAAACGCUGAACACAGGGAAAGCUCAGAAGACGAUGAAGAACCCAACGACAUUGACAACAAUCUCAUCUCGGACCAACUUCCUCAUACCGAAGAUGCUGAAGCGCCACCAAAUACCACCACAACCUAUACCGAAUAUGUUAAAGGAGCUUAUUAUAAAUCAAAGCAACUGAGAGAUGCAAGAAAUUGGGCCAAGGUAUUACCAGAAAUGUACAUGGCCUACAUGACCUGUGCUCAACUUACUUCACGCUGGGGUGACAGCUCAGCGUGGAAUAUAGAUCGAAACGAACAGUGUCACUGUGCGGCGAGUGACCUGAGGCAUCGGAAGGUUGAUACGGUCGACAUCUUAGAACGCAAGCAGCUGGAGAUUACAUUUUGUAAAUGUGUCCCUGAUCAAGUUCGUCUCAUUCGUAUGGGAUUCAUCGGCGGCGCUCCGGUUCAUCCUGAGGCGGCGUAUUCGAUUCGCCUACUGAGGCUACAUCAUCACAUAUGGAAGUAUUGUACCGUACGUACACAAGGAUUCUCGCUAGCUUUGGACGAAUUCUUGGACGCACACAGUCCACUCAUGCUGGUUGAGAAAACUAAUGAGCCUCGCCUAUGGAGACGUACUCUUUCUUUGGCCAUUGAUGCAUUCAGACACAUGCUGAGAAUGGAAGAGGAGCUUACCAUCCGAGCCUUACUGCUCACAGCCCUUCAAAGACUGGCCGAUAUAUGUCCUCGGUGCUUUGGACCACUCCAAGAAAACGGCGAACCCGACGAAGCCGACUAUGUAGUCUGCUGUGACGGCAACUUUCAGCAUCGCCGACACAAAGCUGCUAGUAAUGAGUCCGAGGAGAAAGAGGUAUUGAUACCAUCUCUAUUCAUCCAUCCAGAUAAAGUAGCCAAGUGGGACCCGGGUCUUUCAAAGCAGGAACAGGAAAAGGAAUAUAAAGUAUGUAUUCAGAUUGAAUUUUAG